AUGACAAGUUUGCUGCUGAGCUCAUUAACCCACAAUCAUUCUCCUCCAGACACGUUGAAAAUGGACUGAAAUAUACUUAAUAGCAUGAAUCAACAACUUUCUCAGCCCUUCUUUGGUGAGAAGUUUGAAGAGACCUUCUCUCCGAUUUCUUCCUUGCGAUAUUCUUUCUUUGUACAUAGCUGCAUGCUGCAAUGCGGUGGCAUCUUGGGUGCUGCUGAAAACACUGUCACCCAAAUACUUGAAGUGCAUUACAAUGAGCAGGUAACAGCUAACAAAGGCAACAGCAGUGGUAUAUGGAAAACAAUCAGACGUGCCCUUCCCAAGAAGUCCUCUAAGUUGUCAUGA